CCGGCUGGGGCACUGCAGGUCUGAUCCAAACAAUAACUUUGCUUGAAUACAAACACAAUUAUUUUCGCUUAUAGAAUAUUACUGUCAAACCUCUGGAUUAGAAGGAAGAGAUUGAUUAUUGAAAUGAUUCUUUGAUUUUUCAUGUAUGUACAUUCUUAAUGGAAUACAUGGUUGCUUCCCAAGCGACGUGUCUCUAAUGCCGAUUGAUUGCAUCUUGCUAUCUCAUCAAGCCUUGUUGGUUGUAUCUUGAAAGCUUACAAUGGUGAUCGUCUCCAAGGGUGAACAUGUCUGGCUGGACAAUGCUGGUGGAGGAGAGUUUGAUGUGCCCAUUGGAGCACUGGUCAAAUUGGCUGACUCAGGGCAGAUUCAAGUUGUUGAUGAUGAAGGAAAGGAGCAUUGGAUCCAAUCUUCAUUGGCUAACAAACUUAGAAUUAUGCAUCCAACAAGUGUAAAUGGAGUUGAUGACAUGAUACAACUUGGAGAUCUUAAUGAGGCAGGAAUCCUUCACAACCUUUUCAUUAGAUACUACAAUCACCAGAUUUAUACCUUCACUGGAUCCAUUUUAGUUGCUGUUAAUCCAUAUCAGCUUUACUCUAUCUAUGAUGCUGAUCAUGUUAAGAAGUACAAGAAUAGGAAAUUAGGUGAUCUUCCUCCUCACAUCUUUGCUGUGGCAGACAAUGCAUAUUCUCAUAUGAAGAGAGAAGCUCAUGAUCAGUGUGUCAUUAUUAGCGGUGAGAGUGGAGCUGGCAAGACAGAGUCAACUAAACUCAUUCUUCAGUUUCUUGCUGCUGUCAGUGGGCAACACUCAUGGAUUGAACAACAAAUUCUGGAGGCCAAUCCAGUUUUAGAAGCUUUUGGUAAUGCCAAGACAGUACGGAACGAUAAUUCUAGCAGGUUUGGUAAAUAUAUUGAUGUCCAUUUUAACAAGACUGGACAAAUUGAAGGAGCCAAGAUUGACCAAUACCUUUUGGAGAAAUCGAGACUUGUCAGCCAAAUGCCUGAUGAGAGAAAUUAUCACAUUUUCUAUCGCAUGCUUUCUGGAAUGUCACGUGAUGAGAGAGAGUUACUGAACCUGACAGAUGCUUCAGACUACUACUAUUUAACACAAGGCAACUGUAUCUCUUGUGAAGGAAUGGAUGAUUCAGAAGAAUUUGCUAUAAUCAAAGGGGCAAUGAAGGUAUUAAUGUUCAGUCAAGAUGAUAGUUGGAACAUUUUCAAAUUGCUGGCUGCCAUUCUUCACAUUGGAAACCUAGAAUUUGAAGCCACCAUUCGAAGUACCGUGGAUGCAUGUGACAUCACUGAUCAUGAGCUGGGAAAAGUUGUUGCAGGUCUUCUAGAGGUGUCAUAUGAGAAUCUUAUUGAAGCAUUUACCAGCCGAUCAACAUUUGCAAGAGGUGAAAUGAUCUUUUCUCCAGUCAGUGCUGUAAAAGCUGUAGAUAUUAGAGAUGCCUUUGUCAAGGGAAUUUAUGGACGAAUCUUUGUGUGGAUUGUUAACAAAAUAAAUGCAGCCAUUUUCACAGACAAGCUUGACCGAUCAGCAUUCCGAUCAUCUAUUGGAGUUCUUGAUAUAUUUGGAUUUGAAAACUUUAAUUCUAAUAGCUUUGAACAGCUGUGCAUCAAUUACGCCAAUGAAAAUCUUCAACAGUUCUUUGUUCAACACAUUUUUAAACUGGAACAGGAAGAAUACAACAAAGAGGACAUAAAAUGGCAACAUAUUUCGUUUGUCGAUAAUCAGAACGUUCUUGAUUUACUGGCACAAAAACCCAUGAACAUCAUUGCUCUGGUGGAUGAAGAGAGUAGAUUUCCAAAGGGUUCAGAUGCCACGAUGUUGCAGAAAAUAAAUACUCAUCACAAGCGAUCCAAACUGUUUCUUCCCCCGGUCAAUUCAACUUCUUCCUUGUUUGGUAUUCGUCAUUUUGCGGGAACUGUUUACUACAGCUCAAAAGGUUUUCUGGACAAGAAUCGCGACACUUUCAGUGCGGAUCUUGUUGAUUUGGUGGGAGAAAGCAAGUUUCCAUUCUUACUUGAACUCUUUUCUAAAGAGAGAGCCAUGGGUGAAGAUACGAGGAAACGUUCGCCAACUCUUGGAGCUCAGUUCAAGAAGUCUCUUGAUCUACUGAUGAGAACCUUAUCAUCUUGUCAUCCUUUCUUUGUGCGCUGCAUCAAACCAAAUGACCACAAGAAACCAAUGAGAUUUGAUCGGGGUCUUUGUUGCCGGCAGUUACGCUAUUCUGGUAUGAUGGAGACCAUAAGAAUACGGAAAGCUGGUUAUCCCAUUCGGCACACGUUUAAGGAGUUCAUUGACCGUUACCACAUGCUGAGUGAAGGCCUGACGAGGGACGCAUUGGAUUUUCAGGGUCUCAAAAACGCUGCUGUCACAAUCGCCAAGCGGCUUCUUGGAAAUACUGACUGGCAGGUUGGAAAAACUAAGAUUUUUCUAAAGGACAUGCAAGACGUUCAGCUGGAAGAUGAGCGGGAUAAACUUCUUACCAAGCGCGCCAUUUUGAUUCAGAGAGUUGUACGUGGGUUUUUGAUCCGUCAACGGUAUACCAAGAUGAAAACUGGCUCAAUUCUUAUUCAGAAGACAUGGAGAGGCUUCCAAGAAAGACAAAGAUACGCCACGAUCCGAAGUGGUCUGGCUAGACUUCAGGCUACGUACAGAGCUCGUGUUUUAGCCACAAAGUAUAGAACAUUGCGUGAGAGAAUGAAAGUGUUUCAAGCAUUUUGUAGAGGAUUCCUCGCUCGACAAGAGUACAAAAAUCGUCUUAGGAGUAUCGUCAAGAUACAAGCUGGGAUACGAAUGGUGCUGGCUAAAAGGCGAACUCAGGAAUUGAGAGUGGAGAAAAAGAAACGCGAAGAUGCGGAGAGGUUAAGGAAGCAGGAGGAAGAACGCCUAAAGAAAGCCAUGGCGGCUGAUGCGGCAGAGAAAGAAGCACAGAGACUUCAUCAGGAACGGAUGGCCAAGAUUGAGCAAGAGGAGAAAGAAGAACAUGAACGCAAAAAACGGGAAGCUGAGAAAAAGAAGCACGAAAUAGAAGUUGCAGAAGCAAUGGCGAAGAAACGGAGAGAAGAAGAUGUAGAUGACUCGAAAAUGGUUGAUGAAAUGUUCGGCUUCUUGCCAGAAGAGAAGACACCAAUGCCUAACUCAGCUCCCACCGCCUUCAAGGAUUUAGAACCAGCCCAAGAGGUUGAAUUUGCCACCGAAGAAAUGUCUGCUGUGCAAUCAUUACCUGAGCCAGAAGAAGAUGUCUCACAAUUCAAGUUUUCUAAAUUUGCUGCCACCUACUUUCAAGGUGGAGCAACUCCUUUAUAUAUCAGAAGACCACUAAAACAGUCCCUCUUACCGCUUACCAGUGAAGCCGACAGUAUGGCGGCAUUAGCGGUAUGGAUUACGAUUUUAAGAUUCAUGGGUGACUUACCAGAGCCCAAGUACAUCACUUCACAGCCAGACGUUAAGGACAGCUCCGUGAUGAGCAAGAUAUACGAUACACUCGGAAGAAAGUACAAGAACAAAGGAAUCGACGGAGUGCAAGAUUUUGGGGGAUCCAGUAAUUCACUGAGUAGAGAGAAAAGGGAGACACUUAGGAAGAAAAUUGUUUCAUUAACGUUGAAAAGGAAGUCGAAAAUUACAAAGGAUGUUACAGCGAAGUUGAAAGAAGCUGAGGAAAGUGGUACACUAACGGAAGGUUACGGUCCUUUGUCAGCUCAGGAUCGACCAACAUCUAAUUUAGAGAAACUUCACUUUAUCAUCGGGCAUGGCAUAUUACGACCAGACCUCAGAGAUGAAAUUUACUGUCAGAUUUGUAAACAGUUGACUCAAAAUCCUUCCAAAUCCAGUCAUGCGCGCGGAUGGAUUCUUAUGUCACUCUGCUUGGGUUGUUUUGCACCUUCAGAAAAGUUCGUCAAAUAUCUGAAGUGUUUUAUCGGAGAUGGUCCCCCUGGGUACGCGCCAUACUGUGAGGAGAGAUUGAGGAGGACACAGCAGAACGGAUGUAGGCACCAACCCCCCAGCUGGCUGGAGUUACAGGCAACUAAAUCUAAGAAGCCUUUAAUGUUACCGAUAACAUUUAUGGAUGGAACCACAAAAACCUUACUGGCAGAUUCUGCUACAACAGCUAAAGAACUUUGCACACAACUGGCUGACAAGAUAUCACUCACUGAUCAGUUUGGCUUCUCUCUUUAUAUCGCUCUCUUCGACAAGGUGUCCAGUUUGGGAAGUGGAAGCGAUCACGUAAUGGACGCCAUUUCUCAGUGUGAACAGUACGCCAAAGAGAAAGGAGCCAAGGAGAUGAAUGCACCAUGGCGUUUGUUCUUCAGGAAAGAAAUCUUCUCUCCAUGGCACGAUCCCACAGUCGAUCAAAUAGGCACAAACCUUAUUUACCAGCAGGUGGUGAGGGGUGUGAAGUUUGGAGAGUAUCGUUGUGAUAAGGAUGAAGACUUGGCAGACGUGGCUGCUAAACAAUACUAUGUGGAAUAUGGUAAGGAAAUGUUAGCUGACAGACUCAUCAACUUACUACCCUCCUACCUCCCUGAUAGUCAGCUUCAAGGGGGUAAGGUAGUGCUGGAGAAAUGGGCCCAGCUGGUAAUAAACUGCCACAAAAAGGGUUAUUACACAACAGAGAAGAUUAAUCCACAGAAAGUGAAAGAGGAUGUGGUAAACUAUGCUCGAUAUAAAUGGCCACUGCUGUUCUCCAGAUUCUACGAAGCAUACCAGUUCUCAGGCCCUAGUCUGCCAAAGAACGACGUAAUAGUGGCAGUGAAUUGGACCGGCGUUUAUGUCGUUGAUGACCAAGAGCAUGUACUUUUAGAUUUGCAGUUUCCUGAGAUAACUACUGUAACAAGCCCGAGGGCCAUUAAGUCAGAGAGCGCUAGUUUCACUCUAACUACCGUCAAAGGGGACGAGUACACGUUUACUUCAGCAAAUUCUGAUGACAUCCAAGAACUUGUUCACUUUUUCCUCGAGGGAUUACGGAAAAGGUCCAAGUAUGUGGUGGCAAUGGUUGACUAUCAGAGUCCAGCUGAGAGCUCAUCGUUCCUUAGUUUCAAGAAAGGUGAUUUAAUAACUCUUGAGAGUGACACAGGAGAAACAGUCCUGAACUCCGGUUGGUGUUAUGGCAUCUGUGAAAGGACUGGUAGAAAGGGAGACUUUCCUGCUGAAUGUGUGUAUGUGCUGCCUACCAUUACUAAACCAUCAGCAGAUACAAUGAGCUUAUUCAAUGAUCAGUCUUUGGAAAGUUCUGAGAAAAUCAUCGCCACAACUCAGACAGCCAUCUACCAAGAGGAGGUUGAAUCUUUUGAGAAGCCACACACUUUGUAUGAAUAUUCCAUCGAACACUUUCUACCGCCAGCCAAGAGAACUCUGAGUAAAGCUCUUCAAUCGCAGGUCAAAAGGAGAGACAAGAAUAUACCUUGGGCUUUUACCAAGGACCCCAUCAAGCAGCCACUGCUGAAAAGACUAGCAGGCCAGGAAGAACUCGCCCAGAAGGCCACGCAAACUUUCCUGGCCAUCAUGAAGUACAUGGGUGAUUACCCAUCCAAGCGGGUUCGUCAAACAACAGAUCUCACAGACGCCAUUUUUGAACCAGCUCUGCUUCAUGAACCUCUGAGAGACGAAGUUUACUGCCAGUUGAUAAAGCAGAUAACAGAAAACAGACUUCCCUCAAGUGAGGAGAAAGGAUGGGAACUGUUGUGGCUUUGUACGGGAAUCUUUGCCUGCAGUUCCUUGCUGAUGAGGGAAGUGAACCAAGUGUUCCGGUCGUGUUCCAGUAAACAGCCAUUAGCUCAUGACUGCCUUUCCAGACUACAGAAGACUAUCAGAGUCGGGCAGCGCAAAUAUCCUCCACACAUAGUGGAGGUGGAGGCCAUACAGCACAAGACUACUCAGAUAUUCCAUAAAGUGUAUUUUCCCGAUGACAGUGAUCAGGCCUUUGAAGUUGAUUCCAGCACACGCGCCAAAGAAUUUUGUGCUGUUGUUGCACAGCGCCUGGGACUGAAGUCUUCUGAAGGAUUCAGUUUGUUUGUUAAGAUCACUGAUAAAGUGAUCAGUGUUCCUGAGGGAGACUUCUUCUUCGAUUUCGUGAGACAUUUAACAGAGUGGCUCAAGAAAGCCAGACCUACCCGUGAUGGUCAACUGCCGAAUUUAACUUAUCAAGUAUUCUUCAUGAAAAAGUUAUGGUCGACAACUGUGGUUGGAAAGGACGUUGCCGCUGACACGAUCUUUCAUUAUCAUCAGGAGUUACCAAAGUACUUACGAGGCUAUCAUAAAUGUACAAAAGAAGACGGAAGCCAACUUGCAGCGCUUAUCUACAGAGUUCGAUUUGGCGAGGACAAACGAGAAUUCCCCAGCAUACCGAAAAUGUUACGUGAUUUGAUUCCGUCUGACCUGUGCGCUGAACAGUCCCCGGAUGACUGGAAGAGGGCCAUAGUUGCAUCAUUCAAUAAACAUGCUGGCAAGUCAAAGAAUGAUGCUAAAAUAUCGUUCUUGAAGAUCAUUUACAGAUGGCCAACAUUCGGAUCGGCUUUCUUUGAAGUGAAGCAAACUACGGAGCCAAACUUCCCAGAUCAUUUGUUGAUUGCUAUAAACAAGAAUGGUGUGAAUCUCAUUAAUCCACGAACUAAGGAUAUCCUCGCCACCUAUCCGUUCACCAAAAUUUCAAACUGGAGCAGUGGCAACACGUAUUUUCAUAUGACGAUUGGUAGUCUGGUGAAAGGAAGCAGGCUUCUAUGUGAAACAUCAUUGGGUUACAAAAUGGACGAUUUGCUGACUUCAUACAUCUCUCUUAUGCUGACUACAAUGAAUAAACAGAAGAAACCUGCAACACUAAGAGCUGUCAAAAAAUAACACAUCAGUAGUGAUUUAAUAAUUUUUUUAUCCGGUGAACAUGUUGAAAAAAGUACAGUCACAGAUUUUAGGUGAGCAUGCUUGGCUCAGGCUAUAUAAGUAUGGAUAAUUAUUUACCUCUUGUAUAAAGCCAUAACAAUAUCUUGUCGUUGGCUUAUUCAUAAGAGAAUCACGGUGUAAAUGUUUGUCUGUUUACAAGCAGUAUUGAGCAGAAUUCGACUGAUAAUAUAAUUUGAACUGGCUAGGGAAAAAGCUUGGACCACUCUGACAUUAGAAUCUUUAAGUGCUACCGCGAUUUCAUACCAAUUCCUGAAUGGGAAUGAAAUGAAAAAGUAAAGAAGGAAUGGGCCACUACUUUGUGGCUGACACUGCCGAGCAUUUAGUGGUGGGUUUUUCUGAAAUUAUGGCAGUAUAUUUAUGAGAAUUUAGUAUUUAAAGAAAAAAAAAUCAUUAGUUUAUUGCAAGCUUUGUGAAAUUUAGAAGAUCGCUUUAAAUAGGGCAUUAACUACUUGCUAUGUGUCUUUUAAAGCCUAUGUCUCGUUCGUCUAGUAUCUCGCCAGCAAGGACGUUUUUAAAGUGGUGAUUAUUAUGAUUAUUACAGUAGAACCUAUUGUAGCAGUUACUAGUUAGACUUGAAACUUGCUGUUCCCUAAAAGAUCAUUAAAUAAAACUAACUGUUUUUGUUCA